GUAACAAUUUAAAUAAAGAAAUACUCAUUUUCUGAAAUAAUACUAAUUUUCAUCAUCAUAAAAGAUGACACAAGAACACAAAAUAUACAUUUUUCAUCAGACUGGGUCUUUAAGCUGCACUCACCGUUUUUUCUGUGCAUGGAGCAAUCAAACCAAACUUCAUUUAUAUAGCACUUUUCUAACUUGUGGUUUACAUAAAAACAGUUGUAUUUUAAAAAACAAAAAGCCAGACAUUAAACAAAAAAAUAUGUUAAAAAGCCCCCAAAAACUGCAAUAAAAAACUAACAAAAAUAAAGUGUAAGAUAAUCCAAAGAUGAUCAGCACAGAGUAAAAGGAGGAUGUGGAUUUAAUUUACCCAGGUAACAUGUCUUGAGGGAGAGUCAUGACCAAUCUGGUCAGACCAGGCCUAAAACAUGGGUGGGGCAUCAGCAUUGACUGUAUAUAAGAACAGUCACUGUCAGUGAGCAUCACCCCAAACUGCUUCCAGUAGACGGGGAGUGAAGAGAGCUGCAAGGAGGAUCAGUUUACAGUGUAAACCGUGUUAACUUUUGGAACCAACUCCAAAAUGAACAAGGUUCACCGCUGAGGGGCUUAAACAUUGAUGGCUUUGUUUUAAAGGUCACUCUCCAGCAGCAUCUCUGAAGCAGAACCCCACACCCUCACCAUGGCUGACUUUGGGGAGAUUCUGCAGAGCAUCGGGGAGUUUGGACUCUUCCAGAAAACCCUUCUGUUUGCACUCUGCUUCCCCAGCCUCUUCCUGACUUUCCACCUCGCCAGUCUGAUUUUCGUCGAGUCCGACCCGGAGCGACACUGCAACACUGACUGGAUCCUCAAGUUGGCCCCGAACCUGACUGCCGAGGAGCAGCUGAACCUGACUGUGCCCCGAGAGGAUGGCAGCUUCAGCAGGUGUAGGAUGUUUGCUCCGGUGGACUGGGACAUCCAGGUCAUCCGGGAGUACGGACUCAACGACACCACGGUGUGCUCCAGUGGAUGGGUGUACAGCAACAUGAAGUACGAGUCCACCAUAGUCACUGAUUUUGAUCUCGUCUGUGACCGGGCUUUUUUAAAAGAAGUGGCACAGGCUGUGUUCAUGGCAGGAGUCCUCGCUGGAUGUCUCCUGCUUGGACCGUUUGCUGAAUCGUUCGGUCGGAAGCGAGCCUCUCAGAUCCCAGUUUUUCUGAUGCUCAUAUUUACUGUAACGACUGGACUCUGUCCCAACCUGUACCUGUACAUGUUGUCUCAGUUCAUCGUGGGGAUUGGUUAUGGAGGAUAUCGGCUAAACAGUGUUAUUCUGGUUACAGAGUGGAUCGGUCCAUCCCGGCGGUCAUGGGGGGCGUGUGCCACCCAGUUGUUCGGGGCUCUGGGACAGUCCGUCAUCGCAGGAAUCAUUUUCUACAUCAGGAACUGGAGACUGGCUCAGUUCAUCAUAGCGGCUCCAUUCGCUGUGGUCUCUGUCUACAUAUGGUUCAUUCCAGAGUCAGCCAGGUGGUUGUUGGGAAGAGGACGCAUAGAUGAGGCCAAGCUGCUCAUCACUAGAGUGGCGGCCAUCAACAAACGCACCAUUUCAGACUCCACCCUGGAAAAGAUUGUUAUGAAAGAAACUGAGAGAAAGGGAGGAAUAAUAGUUCUUUUCCAAUCCCCUGUUCUUAGGAAGUAUUUCCUUACCAUAAUAAUGGCAUGGUUCUCGCUGAAUGUCACCUACUUCUGCCUUUCCUUCAACGUGGGAAACUUUGGUUUGGACAUUUUCCUGACCCAGGCCAUGUUCGGCCUGACUGAACUGCCAGCUCACAUUCUGUGCAUUUGGCUGCUGGAGUUUGUGGGGAGGAAGGUUUCCCUCAUGUCCACACUGAUGAUCGGAGGAUUCCUGUGCUUUUUAAUCCUCACUGUCCCUCAAGAUAAUCCCAUUGCUGUUACCACAUUAGCUAUCGCCGGGAGAUUUUUCACCAACUGGGCCGGUUCCGUUUGUAGUCUAUACAUUCAGGAGUUAUUUCCAACAUCAUUUCGGCAAACAGCUUCUGGUUUGGGCUCAAUAGCAAGUCGAGUUGGGGGGUUGUUGUCACCCCUGCUCAACAUGCUAGCUGUGUACCACUGGUCCAUACCCAUCGUGGUCUACAGCAGCCUCACCGUGGUCAGUGGAGGUCUGGGCUACCUGCUUCCUGAAACCAGAAAAAGGGAACUCCCUGAUUCCACUGCUGAGGCGGAAGGAAAAGUAAAGGACACUAUAAUGAGAAAUCAUCCGGAGUCCAACAAACCUGCACCAAACAAAUCAACCAAACUGUAGUUAUUGUUUUGUCUUACUGAGUGAACACACCAGAUUUUAUUUUGUAUAAAUACUCAAGCAGCCUCUAAAAAUGAUGUCCAAAAUCAGUUCAGUUUUCUCCAUGUCAUGAUCUAAGUUCAUGUGCUUUUCGUCCUCUUUUUAACAACGGAUAUUUAAAGUUUUUGUCCAUGAAAAUGAAGCUCCUCUAGAGUAAAAUGUUGAUUUUCUAAUUUAAAAGCCUCCAAGCUGCUUUGACCUUCUUCAGCUCAGCAGAGAGGCGCUGGCUCCAAAGCAGCUCAACAAGUGAGACCCGCUGACUGACAGAGCAUCUAUCUGACGGUCCAGGAAAGAUUACACCCUGAGUUUCUGCCACAGCCUCCUUUCUUCAGUUUUCAUCAGGUGGUGAUAGAAUUGUUGCAUGACCUGAAAGAACACAUUUUACUUGUUACAUGUUAACUCAUUUCAUUCUUUAUUGUUUAAACAUAAGCUAUUGCUGCAACUAACUCUCUGACACAUUAAAGUACAUGUGAAUCAUCUAA